AUGAAGACGAACUCGUGGUUACUCAGUCUUGCUGUGAGACACGAUCAGCAGCUGCAACUGGAGAAGCCCUUGCAGCUCACAUUCAGGAAUGAGGAACCGCCGAGGGUUCCACCUUAUGGGAAGGGCAGGGAUCAAACGAUCUGUGAGUGCUCACAUCUCACCAACUUCGCGGUCCUCAUAGACAUCAACGCACAAGCCCCGAACGAGACAAGCGCAUUGGAAACGCUGAAGAACUUGACGUCUUGGAUCGAAAACGAAGUGGAACUGUCGGGGGAGGAAAUUCAAAACAUAGUUAAUUCAUUGGCUGAGCUGUUGGAUGACUUCCUCGUCGACCUACAAAACGGCCAGGGAGACCCAUCCGACUCGAAAGAGUUUCUCCAGAUUCUGACCGUAGCUGUGGACCUCACACUGGAUGCCUUCGAGGGGUGGUUGAAUAUCAUGGAGGGGACCCGGAGCGAGACUUUCUCCUCACUGACUGAAACGAUGGCAAAGGCGGGACUGGAAAUUGCGUACCUUCUGUUCAAUCAUCACGACGAGGAGCUGGCUUUCAACAUGUCCAAGAAACACCUUGUGGUGGAAGCCUGGGGGAAGCCGAAGAACUCGGGUUCCUUCGUCUUCCCUAACGGGAGGGGCCACACCUAUGCCGAACUCCCAGAUGGUUUCCAGGAUCAACUGGUGGGAGGAGAUCACUAUUUCGUCGUCGGUGUCCUCUACGACGUUGAAGAAUUGAAUUCCCUCCUACCCUCAGAUAAUACCUCGUUCGGUGCAGAGAUGAAGACGGAUUCGUGGUUGCUCAGCCUUUCUCUUAAGCAUGAUCGACCCGAGUUGGAGCUGAAGAAUCCUCUGCAGCUCACAUUCCAAAACAAGGGGCCACCGAGAGAUCUGCCUUAUCGGAGUCUCCACCAGGGGAAGAAGCAGACCGUGCCAGAAAGUUUUCGGUGCGCCUUUUGGAACGUGGAAGAUGAGCGUUGGGACGAUAGGGGAUGUUCGAUGGUUUCCCUGAAGAAGAAUCAGACGAUCUGCCGGUGUUCCCAUCUCACCGAUUUUGCAGUCCUCGUCCUGAACGAGACAUCCACGUUCGAGAAACUGGACAACCUCACGUCUUGGAUAGAAAACGAGGAGGACCUGACGGGGGAGGAGAUUCAAACCAUCGUGAAUUCAUUGGAUGACCUGCUGGAUGACUUUCUCAACGAUCUAGAGAACGACCUUGGGGGCUCAUUCGACCCAGUUGAAUUCCUCAGGAAACUGACCGUAAUUGUAGACCUCACCCUGGAUGCCUUUGACGGGUGGCUGAAUAUCACGGAGGGGGUCCGGAGCGAGACGUUCUCCUCACUGACGGAAACGGUGGCAAAGGCGGGACUGGAAGUUGCCUACUUCAUGUUCAAUCAUCGAAACGAGGAGCUGGCUUUCAACAUGUCCAGGGAACAUCUCAAGGUGGAAGCCUGCGGGAAGCUGAAGAACUCGGGUUCCUUCGUCUUCCCUAACGGGAGAGGCCACACCUAUGCCGUACUCCCAGAUGGAUUCCAGGAUCAACUGGGGGGAGGAGAUCAUUACUUCGUCGUUGGUGUCCUGUAUGAAGUAGAUGACUUGAAUGCCCUCCUACCUGCAGAUGGCACCUUGUUCGGGGGAGAGACGAAAACGAACUCGCAGGUACUCAGCCUCGCUGUGAAGCACGAUCGGCAGUUGGAUCUGAAGAAUCCCUUGCGGCUCACAUUCCGGAACGAGGUGCCGCCACGUGAUCCGCCUUAUCGGGAGGUCUGGCGGGAUCCGCACGAGGGGGAGCCCACGACGUUCGUGUCUCAAAGUCAUCAGUGCACUUUCUGGAACAUAAAGAAGGAAAAAUGGGACGAUGAAGGAUGCUGGGCGGUAUCCUCGGACAGGGACGAGACGGUCUGCGAGUGCAAACAUCUCACCAACUUCGCGGUCCUCAUGGAUAUACACGGAUAUGUCGGACGAACUACGGCAUUGGAGAUGUUGUCCAUUUCGCUCUCGAGUCUUUCCAUCCUCGGUCUCGUCCUCGCCCUUCUGAUCUUCAUAACGGUCGAUGUCAAAAGCACAGCCAAGUUAAGAGCGCUGGAGCUGAACAAGCACCUCUGCCUGUGUCUCCUGGCUGCACAUCCAUGCCUUAUUCUCCUAAUGGACAGGCAAAUCUUCAAUUUCUCUGAAACUGGGUGCGCCGUGUCCGGAGUGGUGCUCCAUUAUCUGUUUCUCAGUGCCUUCACGUGGAUGGCACUGGAAGGGAUUUUCGUCUAUCGGCGGCUCGUUCUCGUCUUCCCUACCGGCACGAGCAUCUCCGUGUGGACCUACUACAUUGCUGGGUAUUGCUUGCCGGGCCUCGUCGUCCUCGUCACUGCGGCUGUCUCCUUUCUGACGAAUACCAGGGGAUACGGAGCCGGAGAAUUUUGCUGGCUGUCGUCGCCGUAUUAUAUCUGGGCGUUUGCUGGACCCGUGCUCUUGGUCAUCUUGGCCAACUUCAUCAUCAUGUGCCUGGUUAUGAAAAGUGUCUGGCAGAGGGGAAACGUAGGGCGUUCUCCCCAGAGAAGUCACGUUGCCUUCGUGAGGACAACUUUGACCCUGUCCUGCCUGCUGGGGAUCGGCUGGGUCUUUGGCUUCCUCUACAUGCAGAUCACGCCUGUCUUCGCCUACUUCUUCACGAUCGCGAAUGCGUCCCAGGCAAGACACUACUUGCCGCUGCGAUGCGCGUCAGCGGAGCGGGCCCGAUAUCGAUGGUCUUGCGUCUGGAAUCUUGAAACACUGAGCAAGAGACCUUCAGAGAAGGGGAUUGAUGUCCAGAAGGCCUUGCUGGAUUUUCAUGAUAAGUGGUACUCUGCAAACAUUAUGACCUUGUGCGUCCUUGGAAAAGAGUCAUUGGAGGAGCUGGAGGAGAGAGUUGUAGAGUUGUUCAGUGGUGUCAAGAACAAGGACAUCCAAGCUCCUGAAUGGCUAGACCAUCCUUACAAGGAACCCCAGCUUCGGAAAGUUCUGGAAGUUCUGCCUGUCAAGGACAUUAGAGAACUUACUCUCACUUUUCCUAUACCCGACUACAAACAAUUUUACAGAAGUGCUCCUGAGCAUUACCUAUCCCAUCUGAUUGGUCAUAAGGGACCAGGGAGCAUUUUAUCUCUGCUGAAGGAAAAGGGAUGGGUAAAUACUUUAGUUGCAGGAAAAUAUGCAGGUGCUCCUGGAUUUGCAUUCUUUCAAGUGAAUGUUGAUCUCACUGAAGAUGGCUUGGAACAUACUGAAGAGAUUGCAGAAAUCAUAUUUCAAUAUUUGAAGCUCCUUCACGUUAGUGGUCCUCAAGAGUGGAUAUUUGAGGAGUGCAGGAAUCUUUCAUCCAUUGACUUCCGGUUCAAGGACAAAGAAAAUCCUAUCAACUAUGUGGUUCAGGUCACCCUGUCUCUCCGUGAAUAUCCCAUUGAUGAAGUGCUGUCAGGACCAUAUCUCUUUGAUCAAUUCAAGCCAGAACUAAUUUCUGAGGUCUUGGGCCUUCUCAUCCCAGACAGAGUGAGACUCACAGUUAUAGCAAAGAAAUUUGAAGGUACCACAGUCCAUAAGGAGGAAUGGUAUGGAAUAGAAUAUUCAAUCAGUGACAUUUACCCUGAAGUUAUCAAGAAAUGGGCACAUCUAAACAUGCACACUGAACUUGCCCUACCUCCAAAGAAUGAAUUCAUUCCAACCAAUUUUGUGCUACAUACAUUGCCGAAAGAUGCAAAGAAGACCCCUCAACUCAUCGAGAAUUCUCCUCUUUUUCGAGUUUGGUAUAAACAAGAUGACAGAUACUUUCGUCCAAAAGCAAUCCUGAAGUUUCAGUUUGUGAGUCCUUUGGCAUACUUGGAUCCCACACAUUGCAACAUGAAUAAUCUUCUAGUAUGGUUGUUUAGAGAUGCUCUCAAUGAGUAUGCACACUCAGCACAAGUUGCUGGUCUAAAUUACUCUCUAGAUUGUUCCAAAUAUGGACUGCAACUGACAAUAUAUGGCUUCAGUGACAAGCAGCAUGUACUUCUGGACAAGAUCAUGGAUAAGUUGACUCAUUUCAAAGCCAACCCAAAACGCUUCAUUCUACUGAAAGAACUCUAUGAGCGCAGUUUGAAGAACUUCAAAGCAGAGCAACCUAUGCAGCAUGCGUGCUAUUACCUCUCACAGUUGACGACAGACCGAUCAUGGAGCAUGGAAGACCUUCUGCAAGCACUGCCACAGAUCACAGUUCACAAUCUGGAGAAUUUUGUGAAUUCCUUCCUAUCACAUCUGCAUGUUGAAUGCCUGAUUCAUGGGAAUCUUACUCAAAAGCAAGCAGAUGGCUACAUUGAUGUCCUGAGGUCCUACUUGACAGAAAAGGGGUCAACAAGAUCAAUCCCAUUGUUUCCCAGUCAAAUAAUUCAGGAUAGAGAAGUUCAGCUACUUGAUGGUGACAAUUUUUUAUACUCCCAACCACAUGAAGUGCAUGAGAGUUCUUGUGUCAUGAUAUACUUCCAAUGCCUUGUUGAAGACACCCACAACAAUAUGCUGGUUGGGCUUUUCUGUCAAAUCAUCAAUGAACUCUGUUUUGAUGUCCUUCGCACAAAAGAGCAACUGGGCUAUCUUGUUUUCAGUGGAGUGAGGCAAUCUAAUGGUGUUCAAGGAGUGGCUGUUAUUGUUCAGUCACUUUAUGACCCUGAGUAUCUCAACUCAAGGAUUGAAGCCUUCCUUGAUUAUGUUCAGGUAAGACACGACUUCAUUUAUCAUGAAUCUAAGAAGCGACGUAAACUAGCCAUCUAUGUGCAAUCUAAAGUGAAACCUAAAGAUCAACCUUCUUCCCUGGAGCUUCAUGGUGCACCUUCUCUGAAAGUGGCCAAGACAGUGGUGGACAUAGUCGAAUUCAAACGUCACCAGGGGCUCUACCCACUAGCAAAAUCCUAUCUGGAUGUGCCUGUGAUAGGAAGAGGCCUGUCAAAGCUGGACAAUCCUGAGGUGAUGCGCAUGCAAGAAUCCCUUCAUCAAAAUCUCAUUCUUCUUGGAUUAAAAGACCUUGCACCCAAGUACAAAAUUCCAUUUGCAGAGGUUCCAUUCAGGGUGCCAAAUCGGACUACAUUCUUGGCAGUUGCUCAUUUUCUCUCUUCAUACUGCAAGGAAAGCAAAGAGCUUGGUGUUCCCCCAUGGCCUCUCCAAGAUAAGAAACAAGAAGCUCAGUUUGUGAAUGCCUUCACCACAUUGAUGCAGACGCUGAAAAAGAAUCAUGAAGAGGCAGGUCUUCCUUCAGUGUCAACAGUCAUUUGGAUGCAGCCUGGGGGAGUGACCUUUCUUGAUGGAAAGUUUAUCCACCCCUUGCUGAUGCUCUCCCAAUUCAUUCUCCAUCAGAUCACUGCUUCCAUGAGUGGUGCAGGAGAAGUGCUCAGACUGUCUGAAUGUGAUGAGGAAAGUGCACAUUCUGAAGUAGAAAUGUACCGUUGUAUGAGGGACAAUCUGAAAAUCUUCCUUGACAAAUGGCACCCUGUAUCACAGCACAUCAUUUUACAGUCACGUGCAUUGGAGAAUAAGAAGAAGAAACUUAUUGCUCAAUUAAAACUGUUGUGCAAGAAGACCAAAACAAAAGCAGCUGAUGUGGAGACACAACUGGCUGAAGUGGUUCACAAGAAAGAAGUUCUGGUUGCUGAGGAAAUGCUGAGGGAAGCUAAGGACAUGAUGAAGAGUCACAUCUUGGCAUGGGAGAAAUUGAAACAAGUCAUGGAAGGCAGUACCAAUGCUAAAAUUGUCAUAAAAAAGGAGGAUGUUUCUACACCAUUGCCAGAGAUCUUAAAGGUCAAAUUCCCUCGAGAGGUGUUUGAGGAAGGACUGGACAAACCAGAAAUCAAUGAGUUGCUACGGAUCAUCAAGGCAGGCUCCCUGUGUCUUCGUCUCUUGGAGAGUACUCUGCACCCAGAUGCCUUUGACAAAGGAGAGGAAGUGAACAUUGCUGGAGUCAGAGCUUUUCUACAGGAUGCAGGAAAAUUGCUACAAGAGUACUGUAUGAGUACAACUGAGUUGCAAAAGAGGAAUUCAGAACUCGCAUUGGAGGUCUCCCAGCUAUUUGAAAAAAUGACUGAGGCAGAGACUAGCUUUACCACAGAGAACAAUGAGUUACCAAUAUUUCCCAGCACACCAUUGGUGCAGCAUCUGGCACGCAAGAGAUUCCCUGUGGACUCACCUCAGAUUCCUUACUUCUCAAUUACACCUCCAGUUAUGCAAGUUGGACACAGGACAAUGCUGGGUGGUUCUCCUGUCAGUACAAAUGUUCCCAGAAAUAAUAUAUCCAUGCCCCUGAUUCACCAUAUGGAUUCCACACAGAUUGAGAAACCAGAUGGUCCAGGUCUCUUUGCCAGUAUCUUCAAAGUGGAUAUUGAGUUGCCUUCAAUGAAAAUCAAGCUUCCUCCUAUUCCUCAAACUCCACCAUUGGCCAGGGAAGAAAUGCUGGGGCAAGCUAGUGCAAAGCAGAUUGGAAAUCAUCACCCAUCGUCUGUGUUUGACUUGGCAAUUCCAUGGACUCUGGACAGAGAUGAGCACUUCAAUCGUGAUGAUCCAUCCACGACACAAGGGUUUGGCAUAGACGAAUCAAUGUUAAUGGAUCCUCCAGUUCUCUGUCAACCUCCUCAGUCUCUUCUCUCAGUCUCUCAGUCAGAUGUGUGUGACAGCAGAGGCCAAGCUUCUAAUAAAACUGAAUUGGAUCAAGAUUCUCAGACACCUCCACAAACUACCAGCAUCGAAAGCAAAGCACAGGAAAGAGAAAAUCACAGGCCACAACAAAAUGGUGAUAUUCAGGGAAAGGUUCCCUUCAGUUGUUUAAGUGCCACUGGGAUUCCCCAGUCAACAGUUUCGGGCUCUAGCAAGGAUGAAGGUUUUACCUCUCCUGCUUGCAAAUCACCAUCUGAGUCAGUUUGGAUCCAGAAUACUACUGUAUUUGAAAACCAGAGGAGUGAAACUCAACAGUUGGACCUGAGCUCUGUCAAAUUGAAUGGGGCAGAUCCUGAGGUGCAAGCAAUUGUGAAUCGAUAUGCAGCAAUGAAAGCUAAGCUCAAGCUUCAGCCAUUGAAAGAUUAACUAUAUGAAAGUACUAUAUGUGAUUGCUAUGUUGUAUGUUCCAAACUUUUUCAAUAUCGCCAUGCAACAUCUUCCAGGCAGAGAAGAGUACAUUAAAAUAUGCAUAGGACAUAUUGUAAGGCAAGGACUGGCAAUCCUUUUAACCUUCUCCCUGGCAGGGAUAUCCAAACACUUCAAGGAUGACGAUGUAAUAUUAUGUUGACACCAGGGAAAGGAUUAAGAUAUGUCAUAAAUUUGUUAAAGGCUUGAGGUGUGCAAAAUGGACCCUUCAGGCCAGCAAGGCUCACCUGCUCAGAGGA